UUAUUUUCCGCCGUUCCUAACCGAUGACAAGUAGGAGAUACGCAGCGGAAAGAGUUUGAAGAAGUUUACGAUUUUUUACGCGAGAACAUGACAGUUGUUUGGCUCUGUCAGUGAGGGCAGAAUUUUUGCACUCGAGAAAUUUUAGUCUAUUCUUUCAUCCGUGUGGAGCUGAUGCAGAAAUGUUCCAGAAUCGUUCAGCGAGUCUUGGAGAACUUCAUGGAGGUCACGGCGUACGUGAAGCAAGUGAGAGGGAGGAGGCGAAUUUGGAGAGGUCCAAGAGUUCUAGGCAUCUUACGAAGAAGAAAAGCUUCAAAUUCGGGUCCAGAGAUUCUGUCGGAAGAAGGAAAUUAGUCAGAAGGCCAUCGAUGAAGUCUGUUACGAACAUGGUUCACAAACUAAUGAUCCGAAUGUCUGCUGUACAAUUUCCUUCGAACUCUGCAUACUCGACCUCUUCGAUUGAUAGGAUAGAUGAGGGUGCAUCGUAUAGGAAGAAGAAUUUUGACGUUGCAGAAGAAGCUUCGUCGAAAAUACGUAGAACUAAAUCAAUGGAGGUACUCAGUAUGUCUGGUUUGAAGAAUCAUGGUAACACUUGCUUUAUGAACUCGAUUAUUCAGUGUCUCGCUCACACUGAUUUACUGGCUGAGUAUUUUGUUAUGGACCAAUAUAAGGAAGAUUUGAAACUUCGUAAAGGACAAACUAAGAAAUUCGGAACUCGCGGUGAAGUAACGGAGAAGCUGGCACUUUUACUCAAGAGUUUGUGGUCAAGUCAGUAUAACUCGCAAAUCAGCAGCGAUUUCAAGUCGAUCGUUGGAAAAUAUGGCGUGCAGUAUCGAGGAUACGCGCAACAUGACGCACAGGAGUUUUUGCUUUGGCUUUUAGAUAAGGUUCACGAGGAUUUGAAUCGGGCAACGAAGCGAAAAUAUAAAGCUAACAAGGAAAGUUUAGGAAGAUCAGAUGACACCAUUGCUCUGGAAGCACUUGCUAAUCACACUCGCUGCAAUGACAGUUUUGUCCUGGAUUUAUUCCAAGCUCAGUAUCGUUCAUCUCUCAAAUGUCCCAGAUGUCAUCAACAGUCAACUACUUUUGAUCCUUUUCUAUGUCUUUCUUUACCCAUCCCUCAGAGGGAAAGCCGUCCCAUUAUUGUCACCACAGUAUUUGUUAACUCAUCUAGAGUUCCUUUGCGAAUAGGUGUCAGCGUGCCCAUAAAUGGAACAAUUGCUGAUCUGCGCAAUGUUGUGUCAGACAUGACAGGCAUCAGUGAAGAAUCUUUGAUUCUCACAGAACUUUACUUUGAUGGAUUUCACAGAACAUUUCAUGAUAAGCAGUCUCUGAGCAUUGUUCAUGAAGGAGACAAUAUUUAUGCUUUUGAGGCUCCCACUGGACUUUUUCCUGAGAUGGAAACAGAAGAUGGAGAGGCACCUGUCUUGGCAGAUAACAAGGGACCAAUUCAAGAUACUCUUCUGAUUCUUCUGGCAAACUGCCAGGGUCCUGCAAAAACCACAUCAAGUAAAAGGUUUGGCCUCCCCUUUAUUGUAAGAGUUCUCAGGGAACUAAGUUAUGAAAAUCUUCAAGCAGCAAUCUUAAAAGCCAUGUCAAGGAUUCUAAUGGACAAUGUUUCAUCACAGAUCAAGAAGCAAGGCUUGGUGUUUAAGCUGAGAGUGAUCAAUGGUUUGCCAGGGAAAGGUGCACUUUCUCCCGAAGUGGAUCAUCCUUUGUAUCAGGCAACUGUUGACAGAGCACUCAUGUCUUGUGGAUCAGGAAGUGGACCUCCACAUAUCAAGAUGAUUGCUGAAUGGGACCAAGAAACAAGAGUCAGUUUUGUCAAGUCCAGUGUCUUACAAGAACGACCAGAGGAGCACUGCAGUGUGCGUGAAGUGGAGUCAUUACACAACAGCACACAUAAUGUUGAUCUGGAGGACUGCUUUAGGCUUUACACCAAAGAUGAAAAGCUGGGUACUGAAGAUGCCUGGCUUUGUCCUCGGUGCAAGAAACUUCAGCAAGGAACUGUGAAGCGACUGAGUCUAUGGACUCUUCCUGAAGUGCUUGUGGUUCACCUGAAGAGAUUCAGACAGACUUCUGCUGGUCGAACCAAACUCCACACUCUGGUGGACUUUCCUCUGACUGGGUUAGACGUGAAUACGCACGUCGAACCUCGUGCCAAACGGUCGUCACCAGAAAGCCACUCAUUAGGGUGGGGCACUUGGGGGCGAAAGCGUGCUAGUUCAGUCAGUGGUUCUGAUGAAAACCUCUAUGACCUGUAUGCUGUUUGUAACCACACUGGGGGAAUGACAGGAGGCCAUUACACAGCAUACUGCAAAAAUCCUGUUGACUUUUCCUGGUACCUGUUUGAUGACAUGCGUGUAGAAAAGAUAAGUGAGCACCAGAUUGUCACAAAGGCAGCAUACCUUUUGUUCUAUGCGCGACGUAAUGUGGGUUCUUCUUCAGCAUCUGAAAGUUCGUCGGGUUCUGAGCACUGGGUUUGGAGAAUGCCACGGUUUUCAUAUGAAUCUGUGUUCAGCUCUCGCAAUGAGCUUUCAAGUAAAGAGGACACUGCAACUGGUCAUUCUACAAGUGAAUCAUGCAGUUCCCUUCCAUGGGCUCAAGGGAAUAACACAUCAAACAGGUUGAACAGCAAAGAAAACAUGCUAACAGAAUCUUGUGUGUAACAAAAAUUUGUUCUGUUUUCCUAGACUCCAUGACACUUCCAAGGAGUUGCUGAAGUAAACACCUGUAAUGGGACUGCACCGAACCCUCCAAGCUCCUUGGGGCUAAUCAGCAGAAAUUUGACUAAAUGUAUUAAUGCAAAGCCUUCCAGGUGGUGUUUAGUUGAAGGUCUAAAUAAUUUGUUCAGAAACAGGUAGUCAUCUCAAUUAAUAUUAAAACUUUUUUUAAUUCACCUUCCCAAUGAAUUCUAACCUCAAGGCUUAGAAAAAUUGCAGGCAAAGAAUAGGCCAGGAUUUUGACGUGAGCUUCUGUAAGAAGCCUUUUUGAAUUGAUUUAUCGAGAUGAAUCUGUAGAUAAGUUAAGAAGCUUGAAAUUUCCUUUGGGAAAGACACCUAAUAUAUGUAAUAUAUCUACCACAGAGAACCAUACUUGUAAUAAAAUGGGAAACAGGUUAACCUGCUAAGUCAAGAAUAAUUCAUUUUUACAGCUUAUAGCCAUGAAUUAAAAAAAAAACGUAACCCAAAAUGGGUAACAUAUUUUCAACAUUUUUUAUGAAAACAAUUGAAACCAAAUGCACUGCAUUGUAAACAUAUUGUGAGUAGCUAAUUGCAUCCAAAUACGUAAAGUUCCUUAAGGUUCAGUGAACAGAGUUUGACUUGGUAAUAAAUUUAUUUGUGCAAGUG